AUGUCGGCCGCCAGCGACGAGACGCUCAAUGACGCCCCUCAAGACAAUGGCACGAGUGGCUCAGAGCUGGGCAACGCUUGGCUGCCAACGGCGUCACAGACAUCCGUCGACACGUCAGGAACCAACGACACACUGAACUUCCACCCCGACUUUGCCUCGUCCGUCAUCUUCCGCACAAGCGACAACGUGUGCUUUCGAUACUCCCUGGAUGCUCUAGCUCGCCACUCGACGUUCUUCCGCAACCUCGCCGAGCUUAACGAUGUGGUCACCAAAACAGAGGAGUGCUGCCAGAUCAUCGACCUCUACUCGGCCAAUGCCGCCGGGCUGGAGUUCGCGUUCCGCCUGCUCGAGAAGCCGGAGAUGUUUUCCAUCGACUGCCCUGACAAUGACGUGCUCGAUAACUUCAUUGACAUCGUGAAGGCGUAUGAUCUCAGCGAGGCUGCUCGCAAAAUCAUCACUGGGCACGUCCUGAAAGCCGAUGGCUGGCGCGAGGAGUUACGCAGGCAUACCGUGCACCUUGUCAUUUCGUCCGUUGCCAACCUGCCCGCCGACCACCAAGGAUGGAUUGCAUGGCCGCUCCUGGCGAGCCCCACCCUUGACCCCUGGGCACGUCACCAACUCGAGAACCAUCCCAAGUUCAAUAGCGCCGUCAAGAAGGCUGUGCGGCAGUGGACAAUGCACCAGCUCACCUUCACGGCAAACGUGUUGGGCGCAUUUCUCAACUCUUACGGAGUUCAAAGCAGCCACCGACAACUGUCGGCCGAACAGAACCUGUGCUGUUUGCUUGAACUGCUACCUAGGCGUUCUGUCCUGCUCGAAGACGGUGAAAACUUCAUCGACAAAACCCUCGGCCGUCAUGGAAGGGUUGCUCUUAGGGAAGCCUUUCGGGAGCUCCACGUGGAGGUUGGCUCGUGA